AUGAAGCUUUUUUGGCUUGUCUCAGAUGCCGCCUCUUGCUUUCGGCCACUCAUAAUGGAUGGGUUUUCUCGGCUUUCCAUCUCCACAGCUCCCCCUCCCCUCCCUAUGAUCUCUAGUCUACCUCCCAAGACUGCACGCGUUUUAAUUGUCGGAGGUGGCCCAGCCGGGAGCUACGCCGCCUCCGUUCUUGCUCGUGAAGGGAUCUCAGUUACAGUGUUUGAAAGCGACAAGUUUCCGCGAUAUCAUGUUGGCGAAAGUCUGAUUCCAUCUUGCCGCCACUACAUGCGAUUCAUUGGUGCCGAUGACAAGUUAUCGAGCCAUGGUUUCGUUCACAAACCCGGCUCCGCGAUCAAAUUCAACCAGGAAAAGCGCGAAGGCUAUACCGAUUUCGAGGCCUUGGGUACUGAAAACGCCGCCUUCAAUGUGGUUCGGUCAGAAUUCGACCAUAUGUUGAUGAGCCAUGCAAGAGCGUCUGGUGCUGCGGUCUAUGAACAGACCAAAGUCAAAACUGUCGAUUUCUCCUCGACGGACCCGAAUCGCCCCGUGUCUGUUACGUGGGAACAUGUACCUCCUCCAGAACCUCUUUCGCCUCCCGCAUCACCAGUAGUCACGAAGACCAACCUUACAGAAUCUCCUAUAGCGAAAAAAAUAACAGGCGUCACAAGCUUCGAUUAUUUGAUAGACGCGACUGGACGAGCAGGUUUGCUUUCGACGCUCUAUUUGAAGAAUCGGCGUUUUAAUUCUUCACUCAAAAAUAUUGCGCUUUGGGCCUAUUGGAAUGAUGUUGGAACUUAUGGUAAUGGGACUGCUCGCGAGGGUGCACCAUGGUUCGAGGCCUUGACCGACGAAUCCGGAUGGGCUUGGUUCAUUCCUCUUCACACCGGAGUCACCUCUGUUGGCGUUGUGAUGAACCAGCAACUGUAUCAUGAAAAGAUCCAGAAUCAAACGUUGACAAGUCCGUUUGGCACAGCAGCGGUACCUGAUCCAAGUUCUGCCCUCACUCAGCGCUAUAUUUCGAGCUUGUCGCUGGCUCCAGGAGUGGUCAAACUUAUCACGGCUAGUGGGGUUAUGCAAGGGACUAUCGACCCAUUCUUCUCCUCUGGCGUACACCUUGCCAUGACGUCGGGCCUUUCCGCAGCAGCUACUAUAUGCGCAUCUCUCCGUGGCGAUUGCACUGAAGUGGUUGCAGCCGACUGGCACACGAAGCGUGUCUCCACCAGCUACACACGAUUUCAAGUCGUCGUGCUCAGCGCUUACAAACAGAUUCGAGCUCAGACUGAUGGAGUUUUGUGUGAUGUCGAUGAAGACAAUUUCGACCGGGCUUUUGCGUAUCUCCGCCCCGUUAUCCAAGGAGCAUCAGAUAUGGGGAAACGUUUAUCGGAGAAUGAGCUGCAGAAGUCGUUGGAUUUUUGUGUCAAGUUGUUCGGUUCCACGACUCCUGAGGACCACGCUCGUGUUGCUGCCCAACCUCAUGUCACCCAGGAACUGCUCGAUGUGACUGGACCAUAUGUCGAUCCGCUCGUUAUCGAAAACGCGUUGCAUGACCAUAACCCAGUCAAGUCCACCCCGCCUCCAGUUCGCAGAGCCCUCACUAAGCGCGACCGCUCUGCCUCAGAGGUAGCCGAGACUAAACUGGUUCUGGACAAGAUCAAUGCCCGCCGCGUUAUUCAUUCUGAAUACGCUAUCAACAAUUUCGAAUCAGAACCCAUCGCUGGCUAUGUCGCUCGUUUAGAAAAAGGCCGUCUCGGUCUCACCUCCACAGAGCCACCAUUCGCCGACUAG